GUUUGGUUACUUUGUCAGUUCUUAUAUUCACUCUCAGAUUCGAGAGAGAGAGAGAGAGAGAGAUGACGGUAGCAGCAGGAAUCGGGUACGCUCUGAUAGCGUUAGGACCGUCUCUCUCCCUCUUCAUUUCCGUAAUUUCCAAAAAGCCCUUCUUGAUUCUCACCGUUCUCUCCAGCACGCUUUUGUGGCUAAUAAGUUUGAUUGUGCUGUCUGGAAUAUGGAGGGGUUUUUUGCCCCUGAAUAGUACAGCAUGGUGGCCUUACGGAAUACUUAUACUCUCAUCUGUUGCUUUUCAAGAAGGCCUCAGACUUUUCUUUUGGAAAAUAUAUAAGAGGUUGGAAGAUAUGUUAGAUGCUUUUGCCGACAGAGUAUCAAAACCACAUCUUUUCUUAACAGAUAAGAUGCUGAUUGCUCUGGCUGGUGGUUUAGGUCAUGGCGCGGCCCAUGCCGUGUUCUUCUGCAUCAGCCUUUUGACUCCUUCAUUUGGUCCUGCUACAUAUUUCAUUGACAUUCCAUUUUUCCUUCUUUCUGCAAUUAUUGCUCUUGCCUUUGUCACAAUCCACACUUUCUCAAUGGUCAUUGCAUUUAAUGGGUACGCUGAGGGGAACAAAGUGGACCAAUAUUUUGUUCCCAUUGUUCACGUUGUUGCAGGAAUGGUG